UCCGCAAUCCCAACGCACUCACACCGCUUCUCAUUUCAGCCGUCCAUUUCAUGGACAACCGACGUCCAAAUCAAAACCCCUAUAAAUGCCCUUGAGGUCUUUUCGUUCUCGUUCAUCCCGUCUCUUGCAAGAAGUAGCUCCGUUUGCUUUUACAGGAUUUGUGUAGAGAGAUCUGAAAUUGAAAAAUGGCAGAAUCAGAUACAAUUCAAUCGGCGGAAAUGACUCAAGAUGAGAUGGAUCGGCUCAAGUAUCUUGAAUUCAUUCAGAUCGCGGCCCUCCAUGCCGUGAUCUUGUUCUCGAAAGUCUACGAUUAUGCGAAGGAGAAUUCUGGGCCAUUGAAGCCGGGCGUGCAGACGGUCGAGGGUACGGUCAAGACCGUCAUCGGCCCCGUCUGCGAGAAAUUCCAUGACGUGCCGUUCGAGCUUCUCAAACGCGCGGAUCGAAAGGUGGAUGGGCUCGUGCACAAGGUAGACCAGUGUGUCCCUCCAUUGGUGAAGGAGGCUUCGAGUCAGGCCUUUUCUGCUGCCCAGAAGGCGCCGAGCGUGGCUCGGGGCAUGGCUUCGGAGUUCCAGCGAGCUGGCAUGGUGGAGACUGCAGCUGGGAUGGCGAAGACCGCGUAUGUCCGACUCGAGCCAGCUGCCAAGGGGCUUUUCUCCAAGUAUGAGCCGGUCGCAGAGCGGUGUGCCGUGUCGGCGUGGCACUCACUCAACCGGCUUCCACUCGUGCCGGAAGUGGCCCACGUAGUGGUCCCCACUGCAGCAUACUGGUCAGAGAAGUACAACCAGGCUGUAUACCAUACAGCGGAGAAGGGGUAUACCGUAUCGGCUUACCUGCCUCUCGUUCCUACGGAGAGGAUUGCCAAGGUGUUCCGUGGUGAAAUGGCCCCUGCAGCUACAGUGCAGGAAUGAUGUGUGGCUCUAUUAAAGUAUAUUUGCGUGUAAAAAAAAAAAAA